GAAGAGAAGGGAACAAAGCGAUUGAGAGUUUGAAAAAUUUCCUACACUCAACAUUUGAACAAUUUCAUUCAUAAAAACAAAUAUUGCAUGAGAGUUGAGAGAAGAGAGUGAUAAAAGCUUUUCAUUUUAUACUCUCUUGUACCUAAAUGAUGAUCGUCAUCGUAUUUCUAUUUGACUUUUAUGGCUUUUAUGAAUGGAGUCACUCUGAGAGAAGACCAUUGAUCGUGUAUGAAAGAGCUUAAUUCUCUCUGCGAUAUUUCUCUCAAUGAAUUUAAUUGAAGACUUCAAUAGCUUACUCAUUUGAAAUAAGUUUUAUUUUGAAAUUGCGAACCCGCGAAGAAGGACGCGUUUUUUUGUGAAUCAAAGGACACCGGUUGGAUCUUUGAAACGGAAACUUAUCCGCCUUUGGGUUUCAAUUAUAAAUUGUUUGUUCAUUUCUUUUAAAACUAAACUUAUUGUUUAUAACGGUUUUUUGUUAUUUUGUGUUGAGUAAAUAUUGUAAAGCUUUCUCUGUGUGUGUUGUCUCUAUGUUGAAUUUGGAACGAUGGUCAAGUGAAUCAUUUUAAUGACUUUUUCGUAGAAAUUUUCUUAGAAAUCCAAGUUCAAAAUAGUUUAUGCUGAUUCACACUAUUUCCGAUAGUUGUUCGAUCGAUUUUUCGUUGUGGCGGUUUCUCCUUUUUUGAAUAAAAAUACAAAUUCAGUGACAGUUUGAUUGUGUUUACCAUAGAGAGGGAGACUGUCAAACUAAACUUACCACAAUUCACCGCGACAGCGUCCGUGACGGCGACGAUGUUAUGCGUCUAUAUUGAGCUUUCCAGGAAUUUUUUGACUUUAUUUUGGCGCCGCUGAGUGAAUCAUUAAAAGCCAAAUAAAUUAACCAGUGCCAACAAAAUGAAUUUAACAAUAAUUUUGAGUUGUAUGUGUGAUCUUGAAAAAUAACAAAAAUACUAUACAUAAUAACAACAUUCUUGAUAUCAUGCAAGAAAAUGACCCCCAGCGGUAUGAUGAAAGGACGUUUAGGGAAAGUGACGAAACCCACGUGGAAGAGGCGGAAAAAUUAAGUAGAACAAGUGGUAGUGAACGUUUAGAUUUAAGUCCUAGUGAGAGUAGUAGAAUUAGUGAAAAAGACAAAAAGGAAACAGAAGACAAAGAUGAUGAUGAAGAAGAUGACGAAGAUGAAGAAGAAGGUGAUCCUGUACUUCCAGUCGAUCCAAGAGUAUGGGACUCUUCACACAUUCGUAGUUGGGUUAAAUGGAUGACUAGAAAAUUUAACAUCGAUCCCAAGCCGGAUCUUUCCAGAUUUCCAAAGAAUGGAAAUGAAUUGUGCGAACUGUCAAAAGCUGACUUUUGGGUUUGUGCCGGCUCUAAAGAUGGUGGAAUAUUGGUGGCGAAGCAUUUUGCGUAUACAUUGUAUUCGGCGACGGGAAGAGAAACUAGUCCGAUGUUAAAUGAUAAUGAACCAAAUCCAUAUCAACUGUUAAAUGCCGCUUCACACCGAUUGGUGGCACAAGGUUCGGGGCAGAUCCAAUUGUGGCAAUUCCUGCUGGAGCUACUAGCCGAUUCGUCGAAUGCCAAUUGUAUAACAUGGGAGGGCACCAACGGUGAAUUUAAGCUCAUCGACCCAGACGAAGUUGCAAAGCGCUGGGGAGAGCGCAAGGCCAAACCAAACAUGAACUAUGAUAAGCUCAGUAGAGCUUUAAGAUAUUACUACGACAAAAACUUCAUGACAAAAGUUCACGGCAAGCGAUACGCCUACAAAUUUGAUUUCCAUGGUCUAAUGGCAGCUUGUCAAGCUCAGGCUCAAGGCUGUGAUUCUGCUGCUGCAUACAGUUCCUAUAAACAUCUUCAUCAUCACCAUCCUGGCCUACAACCUGACCACUCUCCAUCGUCAUCAUCCAGCCUGGGCUAUCCCUGACCAUCAGCAACGAUGUCAUCGCCCAUUACCGCCGCAACUUCUCAUUCCCCGAGUAAUAUCACAACCUCAAGUACAAAUCUUCUUCCACCAUCAACGACUACUUCCGCACCGAUGUUUCCAUCUGGUCCAUAUUGGCCCUACUCACCACCGAGUUUUGAACCUCGCCCAUCAGCCAAUGGAUUUAAUUAAACGUAACUUGUUGAAUUACCUCAUCUCAAUUACAGCAAUCCUUUUAAUAUUGUUCCUUAAAUGCAUCAUCCUUGUCGUCUCACAUAUCCAUAUAAAAAAGGUAUAUUUUAUGAGUGUGCUAGUGGUCAUUGGGAGUUCCGGUAUAAUAUAAUAAACUCCCAAUUCAUUAAAAGACCACCCAUGGAUGGGACACUGGAGCUCUAGUCCAGUGUCUUUGUCCUUGCACUCAUAAUAAUUUAAUUAGAUGCUAUGAUAACCUCUUCUUGUGUGAUAACAAAAAUUUGUCCGAAAAGGAUUACCUUGAAGUAGAAUGGUUACCGUUCGUUGAACGAUUAUGUGUUAUUUUAUACUAAUUGUAAUUGUUAUACAAUCUUUUUUCUUGAUAAACCUUUUUGUCUCUCCAUUUGAAUAAGUUUAGUUUAUAAGCCAGUAGAUAAUAUGUUUUGUGUACUUAAUUUAUUAAAAUUAAUUAAAUGUAAAUAAAUGAUUGUC